AUGAUAAAGAUCGAGGCUGGAUUUGCUAUUCGAGGAAUGUCAGCUGAAGUAGCUAUUGCCCUUCGAGCCUCUUUUGUUAGACCUAGAGCCAGGAGACGCAUCAUUUCCGAAGAUGAAGCUGAAAUUUCUCCUGCCCGUGCCUCCUCUCCUGUUAAUAUUGUUUCCGAUGAUGAAACCAUUCCAAGGGACACCAUUGAAUCCACUCAAUGUCUCUUCGCUGACGGUUUCGAAAGUGGUGAACUAGGUCCGGUUUUAGAUGAAGUUCCUCUUUCCUCUUCCAUUCUUAUUCCUUCUAUUCCUCCUUUGGUUUCAAGUACAUCUUUGCCCAUUUUAUCUGUUCCUGCUUCUUUGCCAAUUUCUGCUCCCUUACCUGCUUCGACUCCUGUUGUUUUCACCUCUUCCACCGUUCCUCCUUCUAUAGCUCCCCCUUCCUCCGUUCAGCAUGCUGAGGAGGGUUCCAGUAGCAGAAAAAAGAAGGCCCGUGAAUCUGAUAAGACUAUUCUCGAGGCUGAGAGGGUAGCUAAGGAAGCCCAGCUGGAAGCAACUAAUUGGAAGGAACAGUUUAAAAAUGCUCAAGAAAUGAUAAAGGAAUUGCAAGAAAGCAACCGUAACCUGGAGCAGCAAAAGCGGACUCUGACUUCUGAAUUAGUGAAAGCCAAGACUUCUUCUAGUAAAGCCGAGAAGGACAAGGAGCGCCUUGAGUGUUCCUUUUCAGAGCAAUUCUCAAAGUCAAGUGAAGAAAUCAGAGAACUUAAGGCACUCUUGAACAAGAAAGAAGAGUAUGCAGGAGAGUUAGUACAAAACUUGACUCAAGCUCAAGCUGAUUUGAAGAUCUCCUCUGAUAAGGUUCGUGCAUUAGAGAAUGAAGCUCCCGUGGCUGAAGAACCUUUAAAUGAAGAAGCCGCUGCUGUGGCAAUUGAAGUUGAAAAUGUUGCAAUUCCAGCUCCCAAUGGUGAAACUUCUAUGAAUCAGUUUGAAGAAGCUGAAGCUUCCGUGACUCUUGCUCCCCUCGAUGAAUCUAACAUUUCAAUCCCAGCUGAAACCACUUCUGUUGCAGUUUCUUCAAAAGUUACCGUUCCUGAAAGUGAAGCUGAUAUCACAACUUCUGAUGUUCCAGCCCCUCAGUGA